GUCGGAACGAACGCGUUCGAAAGAUCAAAAGUCAACUCUGUGGUUUCUGUUGCAUCACUUGACUCGUUGCAGUAUGGCUUUGGUAGCUGCGCUGCAGCUCUGGGACGCGCCAAGCACCUCUGAAUAUUAUAGAAGGCGAUACGAGGAUCUCGCAAAGGCAGACUCGUUAGUCAAGUCGUACCUCGAGCCGAGAAAUGUGUCUGCUGGAGUCACAAAGCCAGUCGAGACGCCUGCUAUCUCGUCAGCGUUCAAAAUGGUAAUAGAAGCGGGCUUGGCUCCUGAUAUUUACUCAGAUUUCAUCAUACGAGUUGACUCGUCUUUCGAUCUGAUCCGUCGAGAAAUUGAUGAACACAUGGACGAGGCGACACUUGGAUCAUCUGGACAAGCCGAUACCAUAUUGGUGAACCUAUUCGAGCGUCUGGCCUUAUGGCAGAGGAUAUGGGCGGUUCCCUUAAAGGCAUUCAAUGAUCCCAAGCUCAUCCCCCAAUUCACCAAAACAUUCCAUCAACUCUUGCAUGCUUCGUUUCCGAAAUGCUUCCCGGAUGUGCUACAGCACUUUCUCGAGUCAUCCCUGUUGAGAGUACCCGAGCCUAUCUCGCCGAGACCGGCUGCUCUGCCGAAGGUUGCUCCUCCUAGUCCUCACCUCUCUAGACUUGGGAUCAUUCCUCGUUACUCUGCGACGUUGAGCAAGGUGGCGUAUGUGGAAAUUGAGCGCAUUGUCAAGGACGAAGCCGGCAAAGGAUGGGAGACUAGACGUCUGAACAAGGCGAGAUUGAGAGUCAGCAGUAGUGUCGCUGGGUGGUUGACUGGGAUGUUUGAUGGGACCGAGGCGGCGCAGACUGCUCUGAGACCCAUGUUCUCCCGCUUCGACUACUAUCUCUGCAAGUGCUUUUUCGACACAAGGACCGAUGAGCUGUUUGAUAUCAUCGUCGACUAUCCCGAUUCGAUGGCAGCCUUGGAAGACCUCAAGGAAUGUCUAUUCAAGGUGGAUCAGAGAGCAGCACUGGUGGACAAGCUCAAGGCGGCCAACAUCAAGCGUCUUCUGCAUCCAGGUGCAGAGACUAAAGAUGUAAUCGCCCAAUACAUCUCCACGAUCCGAGCCUUACGCAUUUUGGAUCCGCCAGGAGUCCUGCUCCAUAAAGUUGCCGAUCCUAUUCGACGUCAUCUCAGAGAGCGUCCCGAUACCAUCAAAUGUAUCGUGGCUACCCUCGUCGAAGGCGAAGAGCUGCAAGACGAGAACGAGCUCGGCGCUGGGGACGGCGCGAUCGACCAAGGCAAUAUGGAUGGGGUAGAGAAUUUCUUGGACAAUCGCUGGGAACCAGAACCGGUAGAUGCUGCACCAGAAUUCCGCUCUGGGAAGGCGAGCGAUAUCAUCAGCACCCUUGUCAGCAUUUACGAGACCCGCGACGUCAUCAUGAAAGAGCUGCAGGUCCUUCUCGCGACUCGCUUACUCGCAGUCAAAGACUAUGACGCGGUCAAGGAGAUCCGCACCGUCGAACUCUUGAAAAUCCGCUUCGGCGAGGCUGCCCUUCAGGUUUGCGAUGUCAUGCUCAAGGAUAUUGCCGACUCUAAACGAAUCAAUGACCAUGUGCAUGGUGACAUCAAAUCUGAUGUUCAUCCGCUCGUCAUAUCCCGCAUGUUUUGGCCGAAUAUCGAAAAUUCUGCUUUGCACUUACCGCCCAAGCUUGAGGAAGCUCAGCGCGAAUACGAAGCCGCAUUCCACCGGUUCAAACCAGACAAGCACCUCAAAAUCCUGCAACAUCUCGGAUCCGUCAGCAUCAGACUCGAGCUUGCGGAUCGCAUCGUGGAGGUGGAGGCCACACCCCUCCAAGCAUCUAUCGCAGAGCUGUUUGAAACUCGGGAUGCAUGGUCGAUACUUGAUCUAGGGCAGAAACUUGGCAUUGAGGACGAGGAGACCGUCACGAAUGCCUUGAUCUGGUGGGCUGAGCACGGCGUGCUCAAGGAGACCAACAAGGGCUCGUGGCGCCUUCUCGAAUCCAUGGAGGACGACGUAGCGCCUAGUAUUCCUUCUAUGCCUGAAGACUCGGGAAUCGAUAGACUAGACGAGACGAAAGCGGACGCAAUCCGAGUUCACUGGCCGGUGAGUCACCGAAAUCGGGCAAUGCUGACUCCUUGAGCGCAUCGAAGGUAAGGACUCAGAUGUGAUGCUGUCUGACUUUCAUCGAAAAUUGCAAUCGGUA